AGUCUUAUGUUUCUUCAGCCAAAACAAAAAAUACUUUUGGUAUUUUGAAAAAAUAGUUUUAAAAGAGAAUUUUAAUAUAAAACACAAACUACAUGGUCGCCUUUUAGUACAUUCUGCAACUUGUUCCGAAGAGUUGGUUACACACAAAAAAAAACAUUGAUUGAGUGUUGAAAAAAAAAAGAGGAAAGAAAUGGGGUUACAUCCGGUGUCGGAGGCGAACGAGAAGAGCCCCUUCGGCGAUCUCUCCGCCGAAGAAUUCUACGACCGCCAUGGCGUCAGCCACUCCUCCGACUUCAUCACCAACUCUCGCGGUCUCAAGCUUUUCACCCAGUGGUGGACUCCUCGCUCUCCUUCCCGCCCAAUCGGCCUUGUCGCCGUCCUCCAUGGCUUCACCUUCGAGUCCAGCUGGUUCGUGGAGCUCACAUCCAUCCUCUUCGCCGAAUCUGGCUUCAUCACCGUCGCAAUCGACCUCCAGGGCCAUGGCUUCUCCGACGGCCUCACCGGUUACGUCCCCGACAUCAACCCCGUCGUCGACGACUGCAUCUCCUUCUUCCAGAGCUUCCGUGAACUCCACGCGCCGCCGGACCUGCCGUGCUUCCUCUACGGAGAGUCCCUCGGCGGUGCAAUCGCGCUCUACAUCGCGAUCAAAGAGAAAUCUCGCUGGGACGGUCUCGUCCUCAGUGGAGCAAUGUGUGAGAUCAGCGACAGGUUCAAACCUCCAUGGCCGUUAGAGACAGUUCUCUCAGCGAUCGUCAAUUUCAUCCCUACCUGGCGCGUGGUUCCCACUCGCCGACGCCUGAUCGACAUAUGCUUCAAGGAGCCAUGGAAGACGAAGCUCGCGCUCGCAAACCCGAGGAGGACGGUGAGUAUGCCACGCGCCGGCACGGCGUACGAGCUCCUGCGCGUGUGCGAAGAUCUGAAGGGGAGGUUCGAGGAGGUGGAGAUCCCGAUGAUGAUCGUUCACGGCGGAGACGACGCCGUAUGCGAGGUGAGGCGCGUGGAGGAGCUUCACCGGAGAGCGAAGAGCGAGGAUAAGACGGUGACGAUCUACCCUGGGAUGUGGCAUUUACUUGUCGGAGAAUCGGAGGAGAACGUCGAUUUGGUUUUUGGGGAUGUGGUGGAAUGGCUCAAGAACCGAGCCUCACCGCGAGGCUGAGAGAGAUAAAGGUGAAUUUGCCUUUGUCCAAUUAAAACGUGUCACGUGGCGUAUAAUCAAACGCGUACGUAUAUACGUAUUUGUGUGCGUAUAUAUAUAUAUAUUAUUUUUAACACUAGUUGAUGUCUCUAUUGUGUUAACCUCUUAAUACUAGACUACUUUGAAUGUAAUUUAAUAAAAGUUCGAUAGUUUAGUUUUUA